CGGACACCUCUCAGCAGUCGCUGUGGCUGCAGCUGCCGGACGUGGAGAUACGGGCGGCCGGGGCCGUGGGCGCAACCUCCGCAACUCCCCGGUCAUGGCCGCGCUCGGUCGGCCCUUCAGCGGCCUCCCCUUGAGUGGCGGGCCGGACUUCCUGCAGCCGCCGCCGCCGGCCCUCUCCGGCCCGGCCUUCCCGCCGGGGACGGACGGUGCCGAGCUGGCCCCUCGGCUGGGACCCCGCGUUUCCCCGAGCAGCCCCGGCGGGAGUGCGGCGCGCGGACGCGGUGGUUCCGUUCCGUGUAAAAAGAAACACAGGCUGGAGCUGGAAGAUGAUGAUUGCCCAGUAAGAAAGAAAAGGCUAACUGAAGCAAGGCUCUGUGCUGGUCCUAAUGACUGGAUUCUUUGUGCACAUCAGGAUAUAGAAGGUCAUGGAGUAAAUCCAUGCACUAGUGGCCUUUCUGCACCUGGCAUGUUAGAUGUUAUUUGUGAAGAAAUGGAUCAGACAACUGGAGAACCACAGUGUGAAGUUGCCAGAAGGAGGCUUCAGGAAAUUGAGGACAGGAUAAUUGACGAAGAUGAAGAAGUUGAACCUGACAGAAAUAUUAACCAUCUCCCCAGUCUUGUCCUUUCUGAUACCAUGAAAACAGGUUUGAAGAGGGAAUUUGAUGAAGUCUUUACAAAGAAAAUGAUUGAGUCCAUGAGCCGUCCUUCUAUGGAGCUUGUGCUCUGGAAACCUCUCCCUGAACUCCUUUCUGAUAAGCCAAAGCCAUCAUCUAAUGCUAAGAACUACACAGGAGAGAGCCAAACUAAGCAUGCCGUUGCUGGCACUGCCUUCCCUGGGAGAACUGAAUUGUUCUUGGAACCUCGGCAAACAGGGAUGCCUAUUUAUAAUAGUUUGGAAACAGCUGCUUGCACAGAAGAAGAGAUGGAACUCUAGAAAUCUGUUUCUGUACUAAAGGUGUCAAUUUUAGAAGGCUCAUGUGUUCAGUCGAAACGGGUGUAUCUCCACCUGUGAUUUGGGGUGGGACUCUCAUUUUGGGUAGCCAUUUCUUAAAUUCAACUUUUUGCCAAGGAAGCUUGUCUCAAGGGAAAAGCUGUUUUCUAGAGAGAUUAUUAUUAUGAGAUUACAGUCUGCGCAAGCAAGUAUAGAAACUGUAUGUGUAAGGGUGACUUAAAUCAUUUGUCGCAUGGUCCAAACCAUUCAAGUACUUGGAGAAGACUCAGACACUUGAGGUGAUAAAGAUGCAUUAAGAAAGAAGAAUACUGCUACUACAACUGUACCGUGACAGUUGAAUCAUAACUUCAUCUGUAGAUAUGAGCUCUGUUUACAGUAGUGACUAUUUAUGACCAGGGAGGAGAAGGGGAAAAAGCAGUAGCUUAAGCCUAUUGCUAAGAAAUUUAAUAGAGCCUCUGAAAUUUGUACAUUAGUUGUCAAUUUAAUGUAGUUAAAUAACCAGUAGCAUUGUGGCUCACCUUUGGCCUCUGAAAAUACAGUGAAAAUACAAAGAGGUUUUUCCUUUGAGGCUUUUUUGCUUUAUGCUACUGUAGCUCCUUGGAUUCCCUUGUGUAAUUGAUAAGCCAAGCUAUUCAGUAAUGUUUACAACUUAAUUAAUUUUGAGUGAUAAUUUAAAAGAUUUAGAGGUAACCCCUGUGCAAAUGGACUAUGAGAGAAGCAUCUUUUAGGUAAUCCCAAGGAAAUGCUGUGUUAACUAAACCCAGCAUUGAUAACUUCAGUAGUUAAAAAAGGUUGUACCUAUAUUAGCUCAUUGAGUUUUUAAUGUUAAUUUUGAAAACAAUGACUGAAUAAUUAACUGAGAACAUAUGUGCUGGCAAUGUUGAGAUUUACUGAAAUAGCCACUUUGCCUGGUGCUUCAACUAUCGGGCAGUAGUCGUCUAAAAGUUAGUAGAGAAUAGCUUCCUACUAACAGGAAGUCUUCAUUUUUCAGACCUAAACCAGCUCAAGAUGUCCUUUGGGGAUAACCAGGUUUGAAGUUUUUUAUUUCUCAGGAAGAACUCUUCUGCGUGGCAAGGACUCAGUAGUGCAAAGUGAAAUGACGAUUCCUUUAAUGCUACAGAAUAUUCACUAUAACUUAUUAAAUGAGUGUAAUAGUGUAAUACUGGCCCUUUCCUCACACAGUGUGAACAGGAGACCUCCCCCCCUCCACCCAGUUCUUUCUGUUUUCUGGGUUUCUUCCCCCUUUGGAGGAAUCAGAUACCUUGUGUAGAAAAAAAAUGAUUUAUGCCAAGUGUAGAGGUAACUUUUUAGUAACCAGCUCCCAGGCAUUUUUGAAACACGCUGCAAUCCCUCCCCUUGUUACAGAUGGCGUAGAAGUCACAAGUCUGUUUUUUGGACUGUUUCUUCUCUUGCCUUUCUUCUUGCUUUCUCUAUUUCUGUCUGGAUAGUCAGGAAAAGAUUUAAUGUUUAAUAUUUAAACAAUAUUUAAUGUCUACACAGUAAAAUUACUCAAACUUCACACCAGUAUUUAAACCAGUUGGAAACCAGCUAAUAGUUCAUUAAUCUCAGAUUUAGAGAUGAAUGUAGACUAUAUUCUGUUGAAAUCUGUAAGUGUUUGAUUCAUGCCAUUUGAAAAACUGCUUUUAGGCCAUUGUUUAAUGGGACCAACCUGCAAAGUUUGUAGCCUUAAAAAAAUCACCAUGCUAAAACGUUUGUUCUAGUACAACCCUAAAACAUGAAGCGACUGCCUGGAAUUUGGAGUUAGUCCCAGUGUUAGGGUGGAAAAGGAGAUGACAGCUUUCCCAAGAAUCACCCAGACACACUGAUUGUCUUCUAUGGGAAUUAUUGGGCAGGCCUCUGAUCAAAGGUCUGUGUGAUGAAAAGGAGGAAAGAAGAGCCCCCAAACAAGGCUGAUACCAUUGAUAAACAUAGGAGAGAAUUAAGAUUCUCUUAAUUAAAAUCUAAACAGAACUUGUUUCAGGAGUCAAGCUAUCUGACAUGACAAUUAUUUCUGCAGGAAAAUGGGUGUUUUAAUGCUUCUUUUUAAACUUGCAUAUGUUCAUGCAAAAAUUGUCUUCAUCCUUGUGGUGCUUACUCAUCUGAGCCGUCUCCACAGUCCCCAGGCUUCUGCUUUGUUUCUCUUUUGUAGCAUAAGGCUUUUGCUUUUGCCUUAAGAUUUUCCUAGAGGAAUAAUAGGUCUUUUCAUUUUGUACAGCUUUUGCAGCAUGGAUCAAACAUUAGCUUUCUCUGCUAAUGUGUGAAGAGAAAAAAUUAUCUAAAGCAGGUGAGCUUUAAUGAACAAAUGUAUAUUUUCUCUGAGUUUGAGUAGGGUGUGUGUGGGUUUUGUUUUGUUUUUUAAUUAGUAUGAGGAAAGUCAGUCCAGUUCUCAACAAAUACUAAUCAGCCAAUUUUUUUUUAAAUCUCAUCCUUGAAAGGUGCAAAUGUAAAAUUUAGAAAAAUAAUUAGAACCAUGGGAAGAAUGUUAACCAGAAAGUGUAUAAAGUAUUUUGGAUUUGGAAUUUGGUUUUAUUUUUUAAUAGUGAUAAGAAUGGUGCAGUACUAGGAAAGUUCUGGAAAAUUCUGUCAAUUUUA